CGUCGUAGGCGGUAUCAUUUCAUCUUCUACCUUGGGUCGAAAACUCUCUGCAUAAACCCCCGAGGGCCGAAAGCUCAGGCAAAUGCUCAGAAAAUGAACACUCACCGCCCGGUGAGGGCACUGUCACGUGCGAUAUCACGUGCCCUAUCCCACUCCUCUUCCUCUUCGUCGUCCGUACAACAACAAUCCUCCACCUUCCCUCUAAAAAACGUGACCAAAUCCAACUUCGAGCCGGCCCUCGCCGACCUGCGCCGCCAUGUCGCCGCCGCCGAUUUCGUGGCCAUCGAUCUCGAGAUGACCGGAAUCACCAGCGCUCCGUGGCGUGACUCCCUGGAAUUCGACCGCGCCGACGUCUGCUACCUUAAGGUCAAGGACUCGGCCGAGAAGUUCGCCGUGCUUCAGUUCGGAGUUUGCCCCUUCCGCUGGGACUCCUCCAAGCGCUCCUUCAUUGCUCAUCCGCACAAUUUUUACAUUUUUCCGCGUCAAGAGCUUCCGGUUGCAGGCCCCACUUAUGAGUUUCUUUGCCAGACAACAUCGAUUGAUUUCUUAGCUAAAUACCAGUUCGAUUUUAAUGUCUGCAUACAUGAAGGAAUAUCUUAUUUAUCCAGAGGGCAGGAAAGUGAGGCACUGAGACGUUUGAGCUUGACAUAUGAUGAUGAGUUAUUGACUAGAUGUUCAAACUUGAAAGAACCUGUGCACAUGCCAGUGGUCAAGAUUGCUGACACUCUCUUUGCUGAACGGAUGAAGAACACAUUCACUGAAUGGCGUGAUGGUUUGUUGAACUUGAGAAGUAGUAAUGGAGGAUUCCAAUUUCAGCAAAACUCAAAUGAUUCCCAACAGUUACAAACCAUUUUCUUCAAGAUGCGUCCAGCUCUUAGUUUGAAGGGAUUCACUUCUCAUCAGCUUAGGUUGAUUCAAAUGGUCAUGAGAAAGCAUUUCCAAGAUCUUUCUUAUGUUCAGGUAAAUGGUGAAAAGUCGUGUCAACAGCAACUAGUUGUGCGGACAGAUUCCAAGGAUGACAGGGAUUUGCUUCUGAAAGAGGUUAAGGAUGAACAUCGUAGGGAAGCAGAGGUGAAAGUUCAAGCUGCAGUUGGGUUUCGUCAUGUUAUUGACCUUCUUUCCUCAGAACAAAAGUUGAUUGUUGGUCACAAUUGCUUUCUUGAUAUUGCCCAUAUAUACAACAAAUUCUUGGGACCUCUACCUUCGACUGCUGAGGAAUUUGUCUCUGCUGUUAACAAGUAUUUUCCACACAUCAUUGACACCAAAGUACUGUUGAAUACAGAUAAUGUGCUCCAACAACGGAUGAAGAAGUCCAGAACAUCACUUUCGUCAGCAUUUGCUUUGUUAUGCCCGCAAAUUGCUCUUGGGAAGAAAAGCACUGAUUCAGAAGUCCAAUUGUGUGUCAAAGUUGAAGUUCAGGUGGAUGAUUUGAGGUCCUCCAACUGGAAUUCUGGAGCCAAACAUGAAGCAGGAUACGAUGCUUUUAUGACAGGCUGUGUCUUUGCUCAGACAUGCAGUCAUCUCGGAAUUGAUUUUCAGGCUUGUUUGUCAUCUGAAAAGUUGCCCCACAAUGAGAAGCUCCAGAAGCAAAUCAACCUUUUAUACCUCAGUUGGAGUAAUGGAGACAUUAUUGAUUUAACCACCGGCAAGAAGAAAGCAAUGUCUUCGGGGUAUAAUAAUCACAAAAAGAGGUACGCGCAGAUUAUGUUUGAGAACAUUGCUUUAAUCUGGGGAUUCCCAUCAAAACUCAAGGCACGAGAUAUAAGGGAGUGCAUCACAAAAGUCUUUGGCCCGACCUCUGUCACGUCUGUCUACCACUUGGAUGAAACUGCAGUAUUCAUUCAGUUUAGCAAGGAAAAAUUUGUCUCUGAAUUUCUGGCGUUGAAGGAAACAUUAGAGAGAAGUGAUGGUCCAGUCUCGGUUUUGCAUCCCCUCACGGGACUUUUGGAAGGUGGAAGCACCCGAGCUGCUAAUUAUGAAACUUACAAAGAAAUCUGCAGUUCAGCUAGCGCAAAAGUCUUGUUUGCAGAUCAGGCUGAGGCAGUUGGUAUUAAAUGGAAAACUAAAUUGGUUGAAUCCAAGGAAGCAUCAGAGACCCUAAAACGAGAGAUCUUCGAUGAGAAAAGUGAUAUGAAUCCUGCUUCGAAGUCUGAAAAACUGAGAAGUAACACAGAUAAUGCGCAAGAUGAUCCGUUGCGUGGGCGUCUCUCACAUUACAAGAUCAUAGACACUUUAAUUACUUCUGAAGGCGAUCGAAUCAGAACUAAUUAGUACCCGGAUUGGAGGUUUUGCUGACUUAGUGAUUCAAACUAAUUCAUACAGUUUCUACUUAUUGUGACAUUGUCUUGAAGCAAUCUGCAGGUUCUGUACUUUACUGAGAUUUUGUUAUGCUGUUAGGAACGUGAGAUUAUGAAGAAAAGAAAUGUAAUUAUCUGUACUAAAAUGGCAUUUUUUUAGCCGAUGCUUAUAUGAAUUAUUGAUUUGAUUUA